AUGGUAGACGUCCACCUCACCUGCGUGUCCAAUGAGGGUCUCGGCAAGUCGGUACGUAUCUUCUCGUCAGUCAAAUCCCGCAAAUGCGGUGACGAAGGAAGCGAGACCGGAGGCCGGAAAUUUCCAAAAGCCCGGAUGGACCCCGUGUAUCCUGUUUCAGCAGUGAUGGCCAGCGAUUGGCGAACCCAAGCACUCAGCUCCAUGGAGUCCUCUCGUGAAGUCGGCGUCGAGUUGAUCGUCGUACAUCGCUUGCCCUAG